GAAGUUGCUAAUGCGUUUCGCAGUUGUACCAUAUCAUUGGUGAAACAGGACAAGACACCACGACACCCAAAGCACGCAGAUAACUGAGAGUGGCCUGCAAAAGAAGUCAACUUUGCAAUGUACGGUACAAUUGAACGCGGAAAUUCUCAGGAGAGGGACUGUCUUGUAGAAGACAGAGUCAUAAUAAGUACUGAGAAGAGUCCUACUUUCUGUGAAUCGAUGUGUAAAAGCGACAGAGUUUUCAAAUUCUUCGUUUCUGUGCUGUUCGGUAUCAUACCAACAAAAACAAAAACAACUUUUUGCUUUCUUCUACCCUCUAUUGUAAUUGCAAUAAUGCAGUGGUAUUCUGUUUGCAUCUACGUGUACAUGGUUUUCUCGCCAUGGUCAAAGGUUCUGAAAUUUGACAACAGUUCAAGAGAAAAACUUGUUCACGAGUUCGGUCAAGAUAAAUGUAUGAAAUCUAUCAUAGAGAGGAGCACCCACAUGCCGAUUAUUCCAACAGAGACAGCAGUGUUACUGCUCGGUCUGGUAUUCUCUGGUGCUAUCACUGCAACUUUUGGCGCGUUGUACUUUAGAGCCAACGAUAGCGUCAUUGCGCGAAAAGGUAUGAGCAAAUUUGACUUGAUUCCGAAAAUAGACAGCGACUUUUUGGACGAUGACCGUGAUUUUUUCAGUUUAGACUGGCUCAUCACCAAUACAUUGUUUCUUUUUGGCCUGCUUGUGAUGGCUUUUACAAUAUUUACAGACCAGUUUUACAAUACAUUCUACGACUUUCUUGGGAUACAUUUCUUUCUGCACUACAAAGAGAGUGCCCUCUUAAAUGCUGGAUAUUACGUAGCAAUCUUCGGGCUCUUUUGGGGCUACGGGGCCACUAUUUGUGCCUGCUGUCUCUUCCAUGCAAUGACCCAGCGAAUGAUAUCUCGGAUCGACUAUAAAGAAAAAAUCAUAAUGUCGCGUGUGUCGUCACGUUUGGAGUUCCUGAGGCACAACAGGGAGCUUUAUCAAUAUAGGUCUGAGCUCCUGUUGAAAUUUCGCUAUUGGUUCGCUUCACACAACAUGGUUUUCGUUGUUCUACUGGCAGCUAUUAUCUACGAGUGGCUAAAAGUGUUCAAGGGUAAAGCUAUCGAGGCACCAUCAGCAUGUCAGAAGAAUCUGUUUAUGUCACAGCUAUCUGGUACCUUGAUUAUCAUCUACAAAUUUGCGUUCCCAAUUAUUUCAGCAAGUUUGGUAACUAAUCGUUUCAGAAAAUUCUACAUGAAGCUUGCAACAAGCGACAAAAUACACGGGAUUGAACUUAUCGAAUGUCUGACGAUGGCCAAAAAGAUCGGAUUCGAGCUAUUCUCUGUUCGCAUAACACCUCAAUUAGCAAUAACAAUAUCUUUAUCCUGCUUCAUUGGCAUUCUGAAGGUUGCUGACUUUGCCAACAAGAGUAAUACUGGCAGUUAGCUAAAAAGUGUUGCGAUUUCUGUGAUUUGGGACCUUAGUGGGGGAAACAUCUUCGAUUGGGAAAACUGGGGAAAAUUCUCUUGUUAAGGGUGUAAUAAAAAUCUUUAUAAAAGAGACCUAGAGUUUAUAAAGGACAAACGUUCACCAAUCUUGGAAAAGUGCUAUAGGAAUUCUCAAAAUUCAGUGAAGCAAACAAACUGUUGAAUAUCUUCAGAAAAAUCUCCCUAAAUAGCGUUUGUUCAGGCGUAAAAAAAUCAAGCUUUUACUGACAAGUUAAAGCUCGUUAGAAGGCAGAUAAAGUAAUGCUGGGUCAGUUUCUUGAACAUAAACAUUCCACGACAAGGCAUCAAAAGACAUCAACUAGCAUGAGUCAAGAUGGAGUCUCUUCCAAAUUAGAACGUUGUUUGUCAAUUCUAAUAGAUCAUAAAAAGAUAUGGAACAUUCAGAAGAUUCUUGCAAAUAUCAUAGAGAAAUCAAUUUUACGAAUCAUUCAAAAACAAAUUUACUGUGUUUUUAUACGAUUUAGCCUAUUUUCUAAUGAUAGUAGCCUCACAAACUUAAAAUCGACACAGAGGCCAAUAAUUUCGAUUGAUUAUCGGGUUACCAGAAGGCGUUAAUAAAAUUACAUUGUUUAUGUUUAAAAUUAACAACUGUAGUUGACCUUGUUUCAGUGCAAGUAAUUAUUAGUGUGGCAUGAUAGCUGGACUAGCGGUAUUUGUCAAUGAAGUUUUAGUAGAUAGCUGGACGACUUGUGCU